AGUCGGGACCCCACCAUGGAAGCGGUGGAUUCCCGCUUCCUGCACCUGCACCAGCCCAUCCGUGAUCUCACCAAGAACUGGGAGGUGGAUGUGGCCACCCAGCUUGGGGAGUACCUGGAGGAGCUGGAUCAGAUCUGCAUUUCUUUUGACAAUGGGAAAACCACCAUGAACUUCAUGGAAGCAGCGCUGCUGAUCCAGGGAUCUGCCUGCAUCUACAGCAGGAAGGUGGAACACCUGUACAUGCUGGUCUGCCAGGCACUGGACUGCAUCUCCAAUAAAAAGAGGCAGAAGCUUCCCUGUUCCCUGGGCCCCGACGGCCGGGAUGCUGAUGCCACCUUCACGGACAAGGAGGUGGAGUUCCUGUCCCUUGAUGACAUCCCAGAAACCAGCCAGGCCAGGGUGGACACGAGGAGGAAUCAGCAGCCUGCCGCUCUGUCCCACCUCCCUGUCCGUUCCCAGGCUGUGAACAUCAUUCCCCUGACCCCGAUGUCCCUGGAGGCCCCGGAAGAGGGGGAGAAGGAGGAGGAUCCCCUGAUGAGCCGGCAGGGUGAGGUGCUGGCGGGCCGAAGGGAUUUCCGGAUGAACAUCUCCAUCUACCAUGCCUCCGGCACCUUCCUGCAGGAUCUGGCCGGGCUCUCCCCACCCCACCUGCAGCAGGAACAGCACCUGGGCUCAGCCACAGCAGCUCUGGGAUCCGGCCCCACGGAGCGUCCUGGCGCUGGCUCCAUCGUGGCCCUGGCACGGGCACUGAGCUUCUGCGAGGAGGCAGGUGCUGCAGGACCUGAUGAUGACGAUGUUCCUGGGGCCCUGGGGGAUGACAUGGAAGUGACUCCAGACCCUAAGGAACACAUUGAGGCUCAGAGGAGCACACCCCGGACCCGGGGGUACAUCCUGCGGGAGAGACUCCCCAGCCACGACCCCAAAGUCCACAGCAAGGAGGAGCCAAAUCCGUGGCAGAGCCUCAAUCCCUUUGGAGACUCUGAAGAGAAGCCCUUUAGGAGAGGGAGGCCCUUCCUGGUGCCACAUGGCCUGGAUGACAUCGUUGGAGGCAAGAGGAAGAGGAGGGGCCCGAGGAAACUCCAGGAUUUUAUGAGAUGGUUCUCUGCAGCCUACAACAACGUCACGGAGGGGAAAAGCAGGAGGAGGGGCCCCACCUUUGCAGACCUGGAGGUGCUGUAUUGGCAGCACUUCAAGGAGCGGAUGGCAGCGCACAGGAAGCUCCGGAGCUCGAGGGAGCCAUGGUGGGAGCCAGAGCAGGAGAUGGAGCAGGAGCAAGAGUGUGGGGCUGACAGCAAGGAAGAUGCAGGUGAUGAUUUUGUGGAGCAUGAGGAUGUGGAGCACGAGGUGCCAGAGGAGCUGGGGGAAGGAUCCCUGGACCCCCCUGAACCCGGAUACGAGGAGCUAGUGCGCAGGAAUGUGGAGCUGUUCAUGGCCAGCUCCCAGAAGUUCGUGCGGGAGACGGAGCUGUCCCGGCGAAUCCGGCUCUGGGAGGAGCAUGUGGAGCCCCUGCUGCAGGAGCAGGAAUCCCGUGCCCCGUUCGAUGUCCGAGCCUAUGGGGUGGCACUGACUGAGCGCUGUGCAGAGCCGGGCCAGUGGCACUCGCUGGCCAGCCUGGUGGCCGGGCAGCCCCCGUUUGAGGUGUGCCGCUAUCUGCUGGCCUCGCUGCAGCUGGCCAACGACGCAGAGGUGGAGCUGGCGCAGGACCCGGGGCUGGAGGAGGCGCUGGACACAGCGCGGCUGCGGCGACUCUUGGCCCACCCGGCACAUGAGAGGUUCCAGAGCUUCCAGCUUCCAUCCCAGAGUCACCCCAGCCCCAAAUAA